AUGCGUCAACGCUACAGAUCACCCAUUUUUAAUGGCUACGAAACUGCAACUCGAGAUAGGUGUAGUGGAAACCACAGGUACCCCAACGAUAACUCUAGCGACAACAAGGUCCCUGCAGCUAUAAAAGAAGUAAGCUGUUUAAGAAGGGCCACGUGCGGGGACGAAUACGUUGGCGAAACGGAACAUCUAUGUACGCAUAGCACGCAGAAACAUAACGGAAAAGAUUUUGAAGUAAAGGUUACGAUCCUCGUGCAAGAAUCGAGAACACAAGCGUGCAAAACUCUAGAGACAUUCUGGAUUAAUUCCAAGCAUCCGAAAAUGAACCACAUGGAGGAAUGCCUCAUUAUCACGCGUGAUAUUGGACAGUAUAUAAACCUGUUAUUCUGA